UUGCUUUGGGUGUAAAUGUUUGUUAAUGCUGUUGUAGCCGAGUGUUAGUGUAUAUAGCUUUAUUAAACUGGUCCAAUAACAUAAUUACGCAGCGCCUGACCCAAGUGUACCAACAGAAUAAGUGGCGUCAUCACCACAAAAUCGGAGCUGCGAAGAAAAAAUCCUUCUGAAUGUCAGUGCAGAAUUGUGCUAGUAGCAAAGUACAAAAUGAGCCAGAGCACGAUUGGUGUGACGGCUAUUGAGAAACUACGACGCUUCUGCUAUUUGGGCACUGUUGAAGCGCCAGUUUAUGUGGUCACCAGCUUUGAUGUGACUGUGGAAUGCCACUUUGAAGCCGUUCACAAGCUAUGCGCAGAGAUCAGCGAUGAGCAGCUCUUGGAUUGCUUGAAAUGCUUGCUGGAUGCGGACGAUGCGGAGCACUUGCCACGCCAUGAUGAAGCGAUUCUAGUGCUGGCCAUCUAUCUGUCCAGCCAUGUUGAUGAGCAGCAACGUACACUGGUGCGUGAAAAGUUCGUUGAGCUGGUGCGCAGCGACAAGGAUUUGUUGCUUUUCACCAACUACGUGAAACGCGUGCAGAGCCUGCUGAAGCGCAAGACGCCGUUCGGCCGCACGGUGCGCAAAGCGGUGCUCGACUGGUACAAGAAGCAGCCGCUGGAUAAACUGUUGCACAUGUGGAGCUUGAGCGACUGCGAUCGGGCAACGCAUCGCGAUCUUUUGUAUCGCUGCCACUAUCGCGAUGCCAAGUUUGAUGCGGAGAUAAUGGCUGCAUUGCGUUUAAUGUCCACGCCCUCAAAGGAACUUAUCGCCUGGCCCAGCUAUCUGAACGAUGUGGCCAGCAGUAGAGACACCAUUGUGGGCAUUGCGCAGUUGCGUCUAGCACAGAAUGCCAAGGCAGCUUUGCCCAUUGUGCGCGCAAUGUCGCUUAGCUACGAGCAUGUGCCACGUUAUGUGAUGAAGGAUGCAAAGCUGGUAAAGCUGCUGCUGCCCAAAAUGAGCUACGAACAGCUCUUGCUGACCUGGCCUUCCUUUCUGAGUCUGUUCAAGAGGCCACGCUCAGCACAGCGCAACUACAUUGAGCUGUUCUUCGAUGAGGCCAAACUACGUGCGGCGAAUGUGGCGCCACUGCGCUUGCUGCUGCAGGAAACGCGUGCCACACGAACCAAGAAGAUGAUUACCAAAGGCGUUGUUGCCGCCAACAAGCCCAGCUUCAUGCUGAGGCUGUAUAAGCGAUCGUUUGGCUUGAACAAGGCGCUGGGUCUGCGACUGCACAUAACACUCAAUCUGGAGGCAUGCUAUCUAGGCAAAUCGCUCACUGGACGUUGGCGUUCUAUUAAAUAUUUGGAUGCAAUGAUGGCCAUAGCAUUUGCUUACUACAAAAGCGAUCCAGCAGUGAAAGUCAGCUAUUGGCAUGAUGCCAGCGGUCAGCUAGAGUCCUUACCCUGGACGCCCGCGAUGUCUGUGGACGAAGCAAAAGCUUGCUGCGAGAAUCAAAAGGUGGCCAAGGUCAAGCAGACGCUGACUGGCAUCAUCGAUAGCGCACUCGCGGAUGCAGCGCAGACAUAUGAUGUAUUCUUGGUGCUGGCGCCCAGUGGCACGCGUGGUAAUCCAAAAAAAUGUUCCAAUCAGCUGUGUUUGCUGCUCGAUGAGUAUCGCCGGAAACGAAAUGCGCAGGCCAAAUUUAUUCUAGUGAGCCUGCGGCAGAAUCACGCCUCCAUGAGCUAUUCAACGCUGCGUGCGGAAAACAUUUUGGAGCUGUGCAGUCUCAGCGAGCAGACGGCGCUUUUGAUCAACGCCUUUGCACAUGGAAAAUUCAUAUAAGCAAUCGCAUCAGCAUCAGUUAACCAAAGAAAAAGCAGAAGCGGCGUCAGCUAUUGCUGACUUAAGGACAAGCUGAAACUGUGGUCGGUAAUCAGCACGUAAGAUUUCGAAAUCAUUAGAAUAAGCGACUGCCUUCUAACUCUCUCUCUCUCUCUCUGUCACUUUUAUAUCGCUACUCCUUCGAAUCUAUGUCAGUAUACCCUUCUCUUUCUUAUGCACUAACACUUGCAUACAUUUUAAGCGCAGCACCCAGUUAAGCAUAAUUAAUUAAACAUAUAUAUAUAUUAUAUAUAUAUAAUCUAGCUCUUAAGCUAGCGCUCCACGUGCCCACAAGCAAAAGCAAACAGCAACAAAAGCAGACAACUAUUAUCUAAAAUUGAUAGAUACAACGCUCAUAUAUUGUACUAACAUUGGACUGGAAUUGGUAUUAGU